GGCAAAAAAAAAAAGCUUUGACGAUUACGAUCAAUCAAAUCUCUCUCUCUCUCUCUCUCUCAGCGGACGGAUCUCCGAGAGCGUUCUCGUUAAUCCCUAGCAGCUACUCUUUGGAUCCCCCCACCCUCUUGAAACCCUAGAAGAGCCCUCUCCCCCUCCCCACCCGCUUGUUCCUGGCAAUAAAUUACCCUAUCAUUUCGGAUCUCAGAUUUUACCAUGCUGAUGAUUCCUUCCAAGGUCGCCGGUCAUACCCGGUUCUUGCUCCAGAGCCUUCAUGAUUCCGAUGCCGACUCCAUCGCCAAAGAGCUUUCUCAGUUGUUUGAUUUUGGAGUGGAGACUAGUAUUCCAGUUCUCAAGACCUGCUUAGAUUGCUUCACCGUCCGGAAAAGCCAGCCAGAUACGCUGUUACAGCUUGAGAAAGUAGUAUCCUUAGUGUUUAAACGUGUGAUGAAAUUGCCGAAUCUUGGAACCCUGCUCUCUCACGCCCUGAAAGAUGUUGAGCUUACUCAGUCAUUUCUGGAUGAUUUGACUGAUACUUUGGAAUUUUCAGUCUCUGACAAAAUUGCCUUUGCUCUGGCCCUCACCGUUUUUGAUAGAUUGGAUGCAAAGACAACUGGACGCAACUUUUUAUUGGCCGAGAUUGAGCAACUCUGUGCCAAUACCGGCCAGAUUGAUUCAUCUGAGCAAAUUCAGAAUGUUCUCUUGUUUCUCCAGAGUUCUGAGGAUCUUUCCAGGCAUUUGGAUUCCUUCUUACAGAUUUUGUCUUAUGCUCAACCUAGUGAUGAUUUCUCUUUUGCUCUCACACCUAUCCUCUCCGACGUUCAUGAAGCUGAUGUUUUCAGGAGCAUGGGUUUUCACUGUGAUUCUGCUGAAAACGAGUUUGAUGCUAUCUUAGCUGAAAUCGAUAAGGAAACAGGUGUUGGAGAUCUCAUGGGAGAAUUAGGUUGUGGAUUCACUGCUGAUGCCCAACAAUGCAAAGAGAUCUUGUCUAGUUUUGCACCGUUAAGAGAGGCUACUAUCUCAAGAAUUCUUGUCAAUGUUGCUCGGACAUGUGCUGAUCUUGAAGAUAAUCACACCACCUUCUCAACAUUCAGUUUAGCCCUUGGUUCCUGCAUUCCAUCUGAACUUCCCACGCCAAAGUCGUGGAAUGUUGAUAUUCUAGUUGAUACAAUCAAUCUGCUUGCUCCUGGCACAAGCUGGAGGAAAGUAAUCGAGAAUCUUGAUCAUGAUGGAUUUGACAUCCCUAAUAUGGAGUCUUUCGCGUUUUUCAUGCGGCUCUAUAAAACCGCUUGCAAGGAGCCAUUUCCUCUUGAUGCUGUAUGUGCGUCUGUCUGGAAGAAUAUGGAAGGUCAAUUAUCCUUUCUUAAGCAUGCAAUAUCUGCCCCACCAGAAGUUUUCACCUUUAUGCAUUCUCCAAGGAAGCUGGUAUAUAAUGAUAACAUGCACAGCCAUGAGCAACAGUUAGGACUAUCCAAUCAUGCAUGGCUGUCGCUGGAUCUCUUGGAUGUUCUAUGCCAAUUGGCCGAGAGAGGUCAUGCUGUUUUGGUUAGUUCGUUGCUCCAGUAUCCACUCACACAUUGUCCUAGAACCUUGCUUCUUGGAAUGACACACAUCAAAACUGCUUAUAAUCUCAUCCAGCGAGAAGUGGUUUCUGCUAUUUUUCCAGUCAUAAUAACGAAUUCCCAGGAGAGUGGUUUUAUCCUUAAUAUCUGGCAUCAGAAUGCAGAACUCUUUCUGUGGGGGAUUUUAGGUGCCCAAAAUCUUAAAGCAGACAGCAUGCUCCGAAUAAUUGAAAUCUGCCAUGAGCUAAAGAUUCUCCCUGUUGUCUUAGAAUCAGUUCCAGUCUCGUUCAGUAUCAGAUUGGCAGUCCUUGCGUCAUUGAGAGGUCUUUUGGACAUUGAGAGCUGGUUGCCAAACUGCCUACAUGUGUAUAAGGACCUCUUUGCUGAGGAGUGUCUCAAAUUUGUCAAGAAUGUGCAUUUCAGCGACUCAGAGGAUUUUACCGCCAAACAUUUUCACCCUUCUGAUCCGUUAUCAGAUCUUCAUCUGGAUGCAACAACUUCUCUUUUGAAAGUUUUGAAAGCUCAUGAUAAUGUGAUUACUUCAUCUCAACUGGUCGAGGAGAUAGAAAAGGUCAAUGCCGCAAUUUUGGAUUGUAAUUCGAAACUGCAGAAUGGCGAGGCUAAAGAUUCAUCAGCUUCCAAUGCAUAUGGAGAUGAUGUUGAGGCAGAAGCAAACGCUUAUUUCCAUCAAAUGUUUUCUAGUCAGUUGAGUGUUGAUGCGAUGGUUCAAAUGCUUUCUCGAUACAAGGACUCUUUAGUUCAAAGGGAAAAAUUAAUUUUUGAAUGCAUGAUCGCUAAUCUGUUUGAAGAAUAUCGUUUUUUCCCCAAGUAUCCUGAGAGACAGCUGAAAAUAGCCUCCAUCCUCUUUGGUUCUGUUAUAAAGCACCAGCUUAUAAGUUCCCUCACUCUGGGGAUGGCCCUGCGUCUAGUCUUGGAUUCUUUGCGUAAACCUGCAGAUUCAAAAAUGUUUCUCUUUGGAAGCAAGGCUCUAGAACAGUUCGUGAACCGUCUGGUUGAAUUGCCUCAAUACUGCAACCAUAUUCUGCAAAUAUCGCAUCUGCGUAGCACUCACCCUGAGUUAGUCACUGUUAUUGAACAAGCACUUUCAAGGAUAUCAUCUGGUAAUUUAGAGUCCGAUGCCUCUGUUUCACACUCUGCUCCCUCGCAGUUUUUCCCUGGAAAUGGCGAGUUGAGUGGUUCUAGCACUGGCCAAUCUGCAUUACAGCAUUCUUCUCCCAUACAGCUUCAACAGCAAAAUGAAGUGCAUAUUGAUGACCGCAGCAAUGUGCCUAGUGUGCCAUCUAAUGACGCAAGGCCACUUCUGCCAUCGUUAUCAACCACUUCGGCUGAUAUUUCUGUCAUUCCAAGGAAUCCUGGCAUUUCAUCGUCUUCUUCAACCUCAUCUGGUCUUGGUCGUCAAACUCGUGGAGCUACUUCGACAAGGUUUGGCUCUGCUUUGAACAUAGAAACCUUGGUUGCAGCUGCUGAAAGAAGAGAAAACGCAAUCGAGACUCCACUGCAGAAUGUUCAGGAUAAAGUUUCUUUCAUAAUCAAUAAUCUCUCUAUAGCAAACAUUGAAUCGAAAGGGAAAGAGUUUGCUGAUAUUUUACCUCAACAGUAUUAUCCUUGGUUUGCACAGUACAUGGUUAUGAAAAGAGCGAGCAUCGAGCAAAAUUUUCAUGAUCUGUACCUGAAGUUCUUGGAUAAAGUUGAUUCGAAGCUGUUAUUUAAGGAGAUACUUCAAAAUACAUAUGAAAAUUGCAAGGUUCUUUUGGGUUCAGAGCUUAUAAAGUCAAGUUCUGAAGAGCGAUCUCUUCUUAAAAAUUUAGGCAGUUGGCUUGGAAAGUUGACCAUUGGAAGGAAUUAUGUUUUAAGGGCGCGAGAAAUAGAUCCAAAAUCCUUGAUUGUGGAGGCAUAUGAAAAAGGGUUGAUGAUUGCGGUCAUUCCAUUUACUUCAAAGGUUCUGGAGCCAUGCCAAAACAGUAUUGCGUAUCAGCCUCCCAAUCCUUGGACGAUGGCUAUACUUGGGUUGCUCGCUGAGAUUUAUUCAAUGCCAAACCUAAAAAUGAAUUUGAAGUUUGACAUAGAGGUUUUAUUCAAGAACCUUGGCGUUGAUAUAAAAGAAGUAGCGCCAACUUCCCUUCUAAAGGACCGGAAGAGAGAAAUAGAUGGGAAUCCUGAUUUUAGUAACAAAGAUCUUAUCUCUCAGCCGCAGAUGAUAUCAGAGCCUAAAACAGUUUCUCCUCUUAAGCAAAUAGACCUACCUCUUGAUGUUGCAAAUUCUCCGAAUACAGACGUUCCCUCGAAGUUAUUAUCACAGUAUGUAGCCCCUCAACGUGUUUAUCCUAAUACUUUGAUGGAAGAGGAAAAAGUGGCAACUCUAGGUUUGUCUGAUCAGCUGCCGUCACCUCAAGGACUGUUCCAGUCAACUCCGUCCCCAUUGUUUUCUAUCAGUCAGCAGUUGUCAGCAGCACUUCCCAACAUUGGAAAUCAUGUUGUUAUUAAUCAGAAGUUGAGCGGUUUUGGUAUGCACUUUCCAUUUCAGAGAGUGGUACCACUUGCCAUGGACAGAGCUAUCAAGGAGAUUGUGUCUGGUAUUGUGCAGCGAAGUGUUUGUAUUGCAUGCCAAACAACAAAAGAACUUGUGCUGAAGGAUUAUGCUAUGGAACCCGAAGAAUCACGUAUUUAUAAUGCAGCUCACUUGAUGGUUGCGAGUUUAGCUGGGAGUUUGGCUCAUGUGACAUGCAAGGAACCCUUGCGUACUUCAAUAUCCGGUCAUCUACGGAAUUCUCUCCAGGGUCUGAAUAUUGCAAAUGAAUCUCUUGAACAAAUUGUGCAACUUGUCACCAAUGACAAUCUUGAUUUGGGUUGUGCGGCUAUUGAACAUGCGGCUACAGAUAAGGCAAUACAAACAAUUGAUGCGGAUAUUGCUCAGCAAUUGUUGUUACGGAGAAAGCACAGAGAUGGUGCUGGAUCCUCCUUUUUUGAUCCAAAUAUGCUAUCGCAGAAUUCCGGUAGUUUUAUUCCCGAAUCCCUCCGUCCAAAACCUGGACACCUCUCUCUGUCUCAGCAGCGAGUUUAUGAGGACUUUGUUCAACAUCCUUGGCAAAAGCAGUCGACCCAGACUUCACACGGUUUAUCUGCUGCAUCAAGCUCAUCUAGCGAUGUUGCACUUGGUAGUGGUUAUGGUCCAGUAUCAGGAAAAGUUGCUUCUGACUUUUUGUCUAGUGCUGGAAAUGCUAGGAUGGAUAUGGUCUCCCGGCCAUCAGAUAUUUCUGUGGAUGGUUUUGAAUCUUCAGUCUCGCUUUUGAGCUCACAAGUUGAUCAAGCUGGUGACUCAGCCAGUCUUCAAUUUGCUAAAUCACUACCAACCUCAGAAUUGAAUCUGGUUGAUCCCUCUGACGCUGUUAUGAAAGAAAUUGGAACGUCACUGCAGACAUUGACUUCAGCUGCUACCAUGGAACGAGUUGGUGGAAAUAAUAUUACACAGCCUUCUCUGUCCACGAGAGAUGCACUGGAUAAGUAUCAGAUUGUUACUCAGAAGAUGGAGGAACUAGUGGCUAAUAAUGCAGGAGAUGAUGAAAUUCAGGCCGUAGUUUCUGAAGUUCCUGAAAUUAUCCUCAGAUGUAUAAGCAGAGAUGAAGCCGCUUUUGCUGUCGCUCAAAAAGCUUUCAAGGCUCUUUAUGAGAAUGCAUCAAUUAACCUUCACGUCAGUGCUAACCUAGCAAUACUUGUUGCUAUUCGUGAUGUUUGCAAGCGUGUCGUUAAAGAGCUCACUAGUUGGGUAAUUUAUUCAGAGGAGGAGAGGAAGCUUAACAAAGACAUUACUAUUGGUCUUAUUCAACGCGAGUUGCUCAGCCUAGCGGAGUACAAUGUCCACAUGGCGAAGCAUCUUGAUGGAGGGAGAAACAAGAGCGCAACUGACUUUGCUAUUUCUCUACUCCAAUCCNUUAACCUUCACGUCAGUGCUAACCUAGCAAUACUUGUUGCUAUUCGUGAUGUUUGCAAGCGUGUCGUUAAAGAGCUCACUAGUUGGGUAAUUUAUUCAGAGGAGGAGAGGAAGCUUAACAAAGACAUUACUAUUGGUCUUAUUCAACGCGAGUUGCUCAGCCUAGCGGAGUACAAUGUCCACAUGGCGAAGCAUCUUGAUGGAGGGAGAAACAAGAGCGCAACUGACUUUGCUAUUUCUCUACUCCAAUCCUUGGUCACUGAAGAGUCCAGUGUCAUUUCAGAGCUCCACAGUCUUGUUGAUGCGCUGGCAAAGCUUGCCUCAAAAUCCGGAUCUCCUGAGUCGUUGCAACAGUUAAUUGACAUCAUACGAAAUCCAGUUACUAACUCAGCUGGCCUCUCUGAUAGUGCAACCGGAAAUGAGUACAAUGAUAGGCAAAAGGAUGAAAAGGUUGCGUGCAAUACCACUUCUAACACAGAUGUGAAUACCAGCUUGGAAUAUGUGGAAUCAGAUCCUGCGGGCUUCCGGGAUCGGGUGUCCACGCUUUUUGAAAGCUGGUAUCAAAUCUGCGAACUUCCGGGUGCAAAUGAAACUGCUUGUUCACAAUAUGUCUUUCACUUGCAUCAGACUGGAUUACUCAAGGGAGAUGAUACGACAGAGAGUUUUUUCCGAACUCUUCUGGAAAUUUCUGUUGCUCAUUGUAUAUCUUCUGAAGAUAUAAGUUCUGGUGCUGUGCAAUCUCCUCAGCAAGCUCAGAGUCCAUCAUUCCUCGCCAUCGAUAUGUAUGCAAAGCUUGUUUUUUCGAUCUUGAAGUAUUUCCCUGAGCAGGAGUCCAGCAGCAAGUUAUUUCUUCUUUCGGAGAUCAUGGCUGUCACUGUGAGAUGUAUACAAAAGGACGCAGAAGAUAAAAAGACAUCACUCAAUCCAAAACCAUAUUUUCGAUUGUUCAUCAACUGGCUGCUGGACUUAUGUUCCUUGGAUCCUGGGACUGAUGGUGCAAACUUUCAGGUUCUCACAGCUUUUGCCAACACAUUCCACGCGUUGCAGCCUCUUAAGAUUCCUGCUUUCAGCUUUGCAUGGCUAGAGCUUGUCAGCCACAGAAGCUUCAUGCCCAAAUUACUUACAGUAAAUGGCCAGAAGGGUUGGCCAUAUGUUCAACGCCUGCUGGUGGACUUGCUCCAGUUCCUUGAGCCAUUUUUAAGAAAUGCUGAACUCGGAGGACCAGUUCAUUUCCUAUACAAAGGGACAUUGAGAGUGUUGCUGGUGCUGCUUCAUGACUUCCCAGAAUUUCUCUGUGAUUAUCAUUUUACUUUCUGUGAUGUGAUUCCUUCAAGUUGCAUACAAAUGCGGAAUAUUAUUCUCAGUUCUUUUCCACGGAACAUGAGGCUUCCAGAUCCUUCUACUCCAAACUUAAAGAUUGAUUUGUUGCCUGAGAUUGUAGAAGCUCCCUGUAUCCUUUCCGAGGUUGAUGCUGCGCUAAAAGGAAAGCAAAUGAAAAAUGACGUGGAUGAGUAUCUUAUGUCGAGGCAACAGAAUUCAACUUUCCUUAGUGAGCUGAAACAGAAGUUACUUCUCUCGUCAAGCGAGGCUACUUCAGCUGGAACACGUUACAGUGUACCAUUGAUCAACUCGCUUGUGCUAUAUACUGGAAUGCAGGCUAUUCAGCAGCUACAGGCGGGUGAGACACAGGCUCAAAAUGUUGUGGCCUUACAGAUGUUUAAGUAUUUAAGUAUGGAACUUGAUACGGAAGGACGUUAUCUGUUCCUUAAUGCCAUUGCCAACCAGCUUCGAUAUCCCAACAACCACACACAUUACUUUUCCUUCAUCAUGCUCUAUCUCUUCUUCGAAUCUGACCAGGAGAUCAUACAGGAACAAAUAACAAGAGUGCUGUUGGAAAGGCUCAUUGUGAACCGGCCACAUCCAUGGGGCCUCCUAAUCACAUUCAUUGAGCUCAUCAAGAAUCCAAGAUAUGGCUUCUGGAAACAGGCCUUCAUUAGGUGUGCGCCUGAGAUUGAGAAACUCUUUGAAUCUGUAGCCAGAUCCUGUGGUGGCCUCAAGCCUGUUGACGAGGGAAUGGUCUCUGGUUGGGUCUCAGACAAUUCUCAUUAGCCCUGCCUUUAAACUUGUAUAUGUGUAUGCGUAUUUUGACUUUCUGUUGUAACAAUAUAGGAGAGAUUUUAGGAGUCUAGUUUUUCCUUGAUCAUCAAAAUUCAUAAAUUUUCCUGAUUACAAGAAAAAGAAUGGAUUUUGCUGUCUUGCUCUUAAGGUGGCUUUCGAAA